GAAUAUUUGUUUUCUAUUUUAGAUCUCGAGGUUCUUCCGCCCACUAUCCUUGAGUCGAUUUGAAGACCUCCUGAUCUUGAACAUCAGUGAUAACGGGGAUAUGAGCUUCCACUUCUUUGCCGACCCUCACGACCUCGGCAAGAUCCGCGACGGUCAGCAGAAGAUGGUCGAAAGAGGGCGCCUUGGAGAGCUAGGCCUGGAGAUGAAUGUGGUCCGCCUGGAGCACGAACAAGGCCUGCGCCUGGAGGCUAUACAUGUUAGCAAUCAUGAUGUACUUGAAGAAGAACAAGUGAUUUUGUCCUGUGUCGCACUGGGUUCUGAGCAAAUAGAAUUCAAUUGGUACAAAGAUGGAUAUACUAUUGACCUCAGCAAAGGAUUUGGAGUUUUAUGGAUGGAAACACUACCUAGAAACUCAAGAGGGGAAUAUACUUCAGUUCUUGGUAUAGAAUCAGCCAAGGCUGUAGAUGAAGGAGUAUAUACUUGUCAGGCUUCUGACUGGGGAAUCCAAGAGUGUAAAUCAAUAUAUCUUGAAGUUCAGGGUCCUCCGGUUGUUCAUUUAUCACCUAUGUCCGUUUCUGUGAAUAAGGGUGACGAUAUAGCUUUAACAUGUGUCUCUCCAAAUCAAAGGGUCUCAUAUACGUGGACAAGAGAUAAAAAUCUGUUUGCUCUGACUCCUGGCAUUGAGGUUUGGGAAGACCUAAAGCCUUGGGGAUCUAUUCUACGUAUAACUAAUAUUCAGAAAAGUGUUACAUACACAUGCCACUCUCAGACUAGGUCUGCAACAAGAGAACACAGUAUCCGAAUCAAUUUGCUCACCACUGGCUUCUGUCCAAAGAAUGAACAGAGAGGAAUCGUGUGGAAACCCACAGCUCCAGGAGCAAUAGCGAUUGAAGACUGCCCUCCAAGUUAUGUUGGCCAAGCUACAAGAUACUGCAUGACCUUGAGACCAGGAGAGGCUACUUGGGAGGAGCCAGAUUUUUCUAAUUGUGUCUCAAACUCUUUGAACCUCAUUUUGGCCGAUUUUCAGGCUAUCAGCCGUGGUUACUUGAAAGCACCUUUGUGGUCUGUGCUGUCUCAACUAUUUUGGUGGUUUAGUGGCCAAGUGCCUUGCUAUCGUGGUGAAGGAGAGCCAGUCCUCAGUUUCUUACAGCAAGUCAUAGCAUUUGUCAACCUCACAUUCACUGCUGAAGAAAUCACUAAUGUUACCAAAGUCUUCUACGCGAAUGUGGAUUUGCUACUCUCACAGUCAAACUCUUUUAUACAUACCAAAAAAGUGGGAGAGCUGCAAGCACUGGUAGACCAAUGGUCCCUGAUGUGGGGAGAACACAUGAAUUCUACUUCUGGCCACCUGUUUUAUAAUGAACUGGUUAUCGACGCUAUCAAGCUAGCCAGUGAUAUGCAGUAUCGUUACUAUCUACCCAUGCUUCCUAAUUACCCACGUUGGUACUCUGCGAACAUUGCCAUUGAUGUUGUUACGAAGGCAGGAAGCCACAUGAAUACAAUCACUAUAGUUAAUUACCAGAACAUAUCAAAAUUUUUACCUCCCAUUUCUUCACAGAUACUUAGAGAUGGUACUGAGCUUUUAUAUGAAAUGCAGUCCAAUGUUGUGAGCAUCUCGACCCAUGGAGAUAUUCAGAUCCGUCUUGAGCUGACUCUUCCCGUAACAAGCCACCUGAGAACCAGCUGGAACCUGACUUGCGCUAGGACUGAUCUUGUUGGAAUGGACUGGGACUUCACUUCAUGUCGUAUGGUCCUUCGUGCCGGCAACUCUAGUCGCUGUCUCUGUCAUAGGCCUGGUUUAUACACUACGCUUGUAACGAAACACUCAUCUGAUGUUAGGACUCAUGAAGAGGACCUUAGUUCUGUUCACAACAAUCAUCUCAUUUUCACUAAACAAGAGCCUGAAGUGGAGAGUGAAAGUGCACCUCCGAUUGUAAAAUCUGAACCAGAUAUCGCAUUGCUUGAAUUACCUGAGAAAAGUCUUUCAAAGUCAAAAAUGGACUUGUGUACUAUUGAAUCACCUCAUUAUGAGGAGAAAAUAAAUGAUGUUGAAUUGGAAGUUUAUCCAACCAGUCCCAAGAAAUUCUUCAAGGGAAUUUCUGCCAACCCUGCUACUUCAGGGAUAGCUAUCUUAGAUGUUAUACCACAGGUCAAGUGUGUUAGUGAUCAAAGAGAACCAAUAGUGACCAAAGUUGAUCUUCCUCAAGAUCAGAUAUUAGAUGACGAUUUGUCUGAAGUGAGUCCAUCUGAAGUACUCAACAGAAUAUCUCACGAUCUAGAUUAUUUGCUUGAUGGAGGCCAAUCACCUCCACUGAACAAUGCCUCUCCAAGGCAUAAAUCUGGAAGUGGCUCCCCAUCCAGCAACUCCAGUGGUAUUGGCAAGACAGCCUUAUGAAUUUCACCUUAAUUUUACUAUAGAC